AUGCCUAACAAUGACGAGAUGACAGCCCCGAUGCUUCCCUCCAAGACGUCCGCGCAGUCAGAGUCGAAGACCCGAACGCCGAAACCUAAGUUAUGGGCAGGCCUGAAAGAGCAUUCGAGGGUGUCGAGAAUCUGUCUUGCUCUCACAUCGGCCAUUCUGCUCUGGGGAUAUGAUAUGGCGAUGACGGGCAACUUGUACGGAUUGGAUGAGUUCAAGAAAGAUUACGGCGAAUUCAACGAGUCGAAGAACGAAUGGUCGAUACCCUCCAAGUGGCUGAGCUUGUGGAAUGCUUCAUCUCCACUGGGAAUGAUGGUGGGCUCGAUCUUCGGAGGGUGGCUCCAGGAUCGGUUUGGGCGUCGAGUCUCGCUGGGGUUUGGGAGUUUGACUUCUGCUCUCGGCGUCGCAGUUGUCUUUGUAUCUGCAUACUCGGGUGACAAACGGCAGGUGGUGCUUGGGGCAGGCAAGUUCACACAAGGCCUCACCAUCGGCGUGGUCGUGACCACAACCCAGACCUACAUUUCCGAAGUGCUUCCGUCAACGCUUCGCGGACCGCUCCUCGCAUUCUUCCCCAUAUUCUUCUUGGUUGGCCAGCUUGUCAGUGCCAUCAUAUGUUUGGCUUUGGACAGCAAAACCGGCAAGAUGCAGUACCUGACGGCCAUUAUUUCCGAGUGGCCCUUCUCAGCACUGCCUCUCAUACUGGCCAUCAUCAUGCCAGAGAGUCCAAUCUGGCUGGUACGAAAAGGGAAUACCACGGCUGCUAUCAAGGCGCAAAAGCGAUUGGACUCGCCACAUAUGGACACCUAUGCAAAAAUCACCGAGUUGAAGCAGUCGGUCGACCAGGAGGAAAAGAAGGCGGCCAGAGCAGGAACAUACGUGGACUGCUUCAAAGGUACCGACUUUCGACGUACUGGUCUUGCGAUAUUUGGGUCGGUGCUCCCUCAGCUUUUUGGGCUCCCCAUUCUUGGAGAUGGGCCUUAUUUCUUGCAAAAGGCCGGUAUGGAAGACACGACAAGCUUCAUCUUCUUACUCACUGGUAUACUCUGGGGUAUCACCGGGACCAUUGUCAGCAUGUGGUUACUCACUUUUAUUGGAAGGCGAAAGCUUGUUCUAAACACAUUGUUGCCCUUGACCGGUAUUUGGCUGGUCAUGGGCAUCGCUGGCACUAUCACAGCCAAGUGGUCGGCCUGGAUUGUGGGCGUCACAACAAAUCUGGCGCCGCUUACCGCGUCCUUAGGUGUUUGGCCUGCAUCAUAUGUCAUCACAGGUGAAUCGUCUUCGCUUCGCCUGAAAGCAAAGACGACCGGUGUCUCAUGGGCUGUUGGUGGAGCUUCGAAUCUAUUGUUCUCCAUGGGAACACCAUAUAUAUACAAUGACGAUGCCGGGAAUCUCGGAGCGAAGAUCGGGUAUGUCUGGGUCGGUAUUACCGGUGCGACGUUCGUCCUUGCUUAUUUCGUUCUACCCGAAAUGCUAGACCGGACGGCAAUCCAGCUCGAUCAAAUGUUUGAGGAAAAGGUCUCGGCACGUAACUUUAGCAAGUGGACUGAGAGGCCGAAGCCGACAUGGGCUGAUACCUACAAGCCUGUCGAACCAGGUAGUCCACCUCCUAGUUACAAGUUUGGUCACGUCAACUCGAAUGAGUCCUGUGAUAUGGACAAUAUGGAGCUUUCAUGGAUGUCUCCUAAACCUCGAGAAUUCAGUUGA